AUGGAGGACACAACAGCGCACACCCCGCUGAGUGACUACGACUUGUCGACCUCGAUAACGUCGACGUCCGGCUUGCGUCAGGGAUUGGCCUCCUAUGGCGACGCUCAUUUUUCUCUAUUUCUCCGAAAGGUCUUCAUCAAAGCCUUAGGCUACUCGGAUGACGCCCUCUCUCGCCCCAUCAUUGGCAUCAUCAACACCUUCUCUGGGUUCAAUCCGUGUCACGCCAAUGUCCCUCAGCUCAUUGAAGCUGUGAAACGCGGAGUCCACCUCAAUGGAGGACUAGCAGUAGAGUUUCCUACCAUUAGCGUCCAUGAGAGUUUCUCCUAUCCGACGAGCAUGUUCUUACGCAACUUGAUGAGCAUGGAUACGGAGGAAAUGAUCCGUGCUCAACCAAUAGAUGCCUGCAUCAUGAUCGGAGGCUGCGACAAGACGGUCCCUGCCCAGCUGAUGGGUGGAAUUUCCGCAAACAAGCCCAUUCUUCCACUCAUCACUGGACCAAUGCUGCCAGGGAGUCACCGUGGCGAAAGAGUCGGGGCCUGUACCGACUGUCGGAACAACUGGGCAGCCUUCCGGGCGAAGGAAAUAGACAUCGAGGAAAUCGCGGCUAUUAAUGAAGAGCUUGCCCCGACUGUUGGAACCUGUGGAGUAAUGGGGACCGCCAGUACAAUGGCUUGCGUCACAGCCGCCCUAGGUAUGAUGCCACUCAGAGGUGCCUCUGCGCCAGCUGUUUCAUCCGCAAGAAUCAGAGUGGCCGAAGAAACAGGGGCGAAUGCUGUGUCAGUGGCACGCGUUGAGCGGAGGCCUCAAGAUAUCUUGUCCAAGGAGUCUUUCCUGAACGCCAUCACUGUGCUACAAGCCAUUGGGGGGUCAACUAAUGCCGUGGUACAUCUGAUGGCUAUUGUAAACAGGCACCCCAAGGUACAAGGCCUGAUUACCUUGCAGACUAUCGAGGAAGUUGGACAGAAAACACCGCUUCUGAUCGAUCUGAAGCCAAGCGGCGACAAUUACAUGAAUGAUUUUCAUAAUGCGGGAGGAAUGUUGGCGUUGCUACAUACCCUACGCCCACUUCUUCAUCUCCCAGCCAUGACUAUUACUGGUCAGACAUUGGGCGAGGUGUUGGAUGCCUCCGCAUUUAGAAUAUUUCCGCUUUCACAGCAGAUCAUCAGGCCAUUGUCCGAUCCUCUCCAUCCUUCAUCCUCACUGGUUGUCCUCCGGGGGAACAUCGCACCCGACGGUGCUGUCAUGAAGGCAUCAGCAUCCAAAGAUCGAAGGCUACUCUCUCAUAGUGGACCAGCGGUUGUUUUUGAAAACUCUGCAGAUCUUGCAAAGCGCAUAGAUGACCCGGAUCUCCAUGUCACCCAAGAUUCAGUCCUGGUUCUCAAAGGUAUCGGACCCGUGGGCAAUCCCGGUAUGCCCGAAGCAGGUCUUAUACCUAUACCCCGCAAGCUUGGUUCUGCAGGCGUCAAAGAUAUGCUGCGACUUUCUGAUGGGCGCAUGUCAGGGACGGCAGGGGGCACCGUCGUCCUUCACAUAUCGCCCGAAUCGGCCUUGCUUGAGUCUCCCUUUGGGGUGGUCCAAACCGGCGAUCUUAUCACUUGUGACAUCGCGACAAGAAAACUCCAGCUCGAGGUCUCGGACGAUGAGCUCAAAAGGCGCAUUGAUGCGAGGAAGCAAUUAUCCAACAGCGGCGGCGCUGCAGCGUCGCAGGCCAAAGGGAGGAAGAGGGGAUAUCAUGGGUUGUAUGAGCGAUCAGUGAACCAAGCCCAGGAUGGGGCUGACUUUGAUUUUCUCACGGCGAGUGGGCCACUGUCGGAUGAUAAGAACUGA